GUUUGGUUGAGAGGCGGGUGCCGGAUGGUGGAGGACCACUGAUGAGAGCAGAGCGGGGCAAUAAAUAACGAGAAGAAGGAGAAGGGACUCUUUUUUUUUUUUUUUAGUUCGCCUUCCACAUCCACGCAGAUACCGCUAAAUUCCACGGGAGGAAUUCCUUCACCUGCUGCGUGUGGUGCCCAAGUGAGGAGCGCUGCUUCUGGUGUAGCCACUUGCAAUGUCACAGAGAAGCGGGCAGGAGGACCCGGAGCGGUACCUCUUUGUAGACCGCGCCGUGGUCUACAACCCGGCCUCGCAGGCCGACUGGACCGCCAAGAGGCUGGUAUGGAUCCCGUCGGAGCGCCACGGGUUCGAAGCGGCCAGCGUACGCGAGGAGCGCGGCGAGGAGGUGCUCGUGGAGCUGGCGGAGAACGGGAAGAAAGCCUCGGUCAACAAGGACGACAUCCAAAAGAUGAACCCGCCCAAGUUCAGCAAGGUGGAGGACAUGGCCGAGCUCACCUGCCUCAACGAAGCCUCCGUACUGCACAACCUCAAGGACCGCUACUACUCGGGCCUCAUUUAUACAUACUCUGGCCUCUUCUGUGUAGUCAUAAAUCCCUACAAAAACCUCCCCAUCUACUCUGAGAACAUCGUGGAAAUGUACCGGGGCAAAAAGAGACACGAGAUGCCCCCUCACAUCUACGCCAUCUCAGAGUCUGCUUACAGAUGCAUGCUACAAGAUCGAGAGGACCAGUCCAUUCUUUGCACCGGUGAGUCUGGAGCUGGCAAGACAGAGAACACAAAGAAAGUCAUCCAGUACCUGGCGCAUGUUGCCUCCUCCCACAAAGGAAGAAAAGACCACAACAUUCCUCCAGAAUCUCCUAAGCCAGUGAAGCUGCAGAGUGGAGCCCUCUUUUAUGGUGAACUGGAACGUCAGCUUUUACAAGCUAACCCCAUCCUGGAGUCAUUUGGAAACGCAAAGACGGUGAAAAAUGACAACUCGUCCCGUUUUGGGAAAUUCAUCCGCAUCAACUUUGAUGUCACUGGAUAUAUUGUUGGGGCCAACAUUGAAACAUAUUUAUUGGAGAAAUCAAGAGCUAUACGGCAAGCCAAAGAUGAACGCACCUUCCACAUAUUUUACCAGCUGCUUGCCGGAGCUGGAGAACACCUCAGAUCUGACCUGCUUUUGGAGGGGUUUAACAACUACCGUUUCCUGUCCAAUGGCAACAUCCCAAUCCCAGGCCAGCAGGAUAAAGACAACUUCCACGAGACCAUGGAGGCCAUGCACAUCAUGAGCUUCUCCCACGAGGAGAUUCUGGCCAUGUUGAAAGUCGUGUCCUCGGUGCUUCAGUUUGGAAACAUUAUCUUUAAGAAGGAAAGGAACACCGACCAGGCCUCUAUGCCUGAUAACACAGCUGCUCAGAAGCUGUGUCACCUGUUGGGCAUGAGUGUCAUGGAGUUCACUCGAGCCAUCCUCUCCCCAAGGAUCAAAGUGGGAAGAGACUAUGUCCAGAAAGCACAAACCAAAGAGCAGGCUGACUUUGCUGUGGAGGCCCUGGGUAAAGCAACAUAUGAGCGUCUCUUCCGUUGGCUGGUCCACCGCAUUAACAAAGCUCUGGACAGGACCAAAAGACAGGGGGCGUCCUUCAUCGGUAUCCUGGACAUUGCUGGCUUUGAGAUCUUCCAGCUCAACUCUUUCGAGCAGCUGUGCAUCAACUAUACCAACGAGAAGCUGCAGCAGCUCUUCAAUCACACCAUGUUCAUCCUUGAGCAGGAGGAGUACCAGAGGGAGGGCAUUGAGUGGAGCUUCAUCGACUUUGGCCUCGACCUACAGCCCUGCAUCGACCUCAUCGAGAGGCCGGCAAACCCUCCAGGGUUGUUAGCUCUGCUAGAUGAGGAGUGCUGGUUCCCCAAGGCCACAGACAAGACCUUUGUGGACAAGCUGAUCCAGGAACAGGGAACACACACCAAGUUUCAGAAACCGCGCCAGCUCAAAGACAAAGCUGACUUUUGCAUCAUCCACUAUGCUGGAAGGGUGGACUACAAGGCAGAUGAGUGGUUGAUGAAGAACAUGGACCCCCUCAAUGACAAUGUGGCCACCCUUCUGCAUCAGUCCACUGACAAAUUUGUGGCGGAGCUGUGGAAAGACGUGGAUCGCAUAGUGGGCCUGGACCAGGUGGCGGGCAUGAACGAGACGGCCUUUGGCGCCACCUACAAAACGAAGAAGGGCAUGUUUCGGACCGUGGGUCAGCUCUACAAGGAGUCACUCACCAAGCUCAUGGCCACGCUGAGGAACACCAACCCCAACUUCGUCCGCUGUAUCAUCCCUAACCACGAAAAACGAGCAGGUAAACUGGAGCCUCACUUGGUUCUGGACCAGUUGAGGUGUAAUGGUGUUCUUGAGGGGAUCCGUAUCUGCAGACAGGGCUUCCCUAACCGCAUCGUCUUCCAAGAGUUCAGACAGAGAUACGAGAUCCUGACUCCCAACGCUAUCCCCAAGGGCUUCAUGGAUGGGAAACAAGCUUGUGAGAGAAUGAUUCAAGCCCUUGAGCUGGACCCCAACCUGUUUCGCAUCGGCCAGAGUAAGAUCUUCUUCAGAACCGGCGUUCUGGCUCACUUGGAGGAGGAGCGUGAUCUGAAGAUCACAGACAUCAUCAUUUACUUCCAGUCUGUGUGCCGUGGCUACUUGGCACGCAAGGCCUUUGCUAAGAAGCAGCAGCAGCUGAGUGCGCUGAAGGUUCUCCAGAGGAAUUGCGCUGCUUAUCUGAAGCUGCGACAUUGGCAAUGGUGGAGGCUUUUUACAAAGGUGAAGCCUCUUCUGCAGGUAACGAGACAGGAGGAGGAGAUGCAGGCCAAAGAUGAGGAGCUAGUCAAGGUGAAGGAGAGACAGCUGAUGGUGGAGAAUGAGCUUGUGGAGAUGGAAAGGAAACACCAACAGCUGAUUGAGGAGAAGACCAUUCUAGCGGAGCAGCUCCAGGCAGAAACUGAGCUGUUUGCAGAGGCUGAAGAGAUGAGAGCUCGUUUGGCCUCCAGGAAGCAAGAACUGGAAGAGAUCCUCCACGACCUGGAGUCUCGGGUGGAGGAGGAGGAGGAAAGGAGCCAGAGUCUUCAGAACGAGAAGAAGAAGAUGCAGUCGCACAUUCAGGACCUGGAGGAGCAACUCGAUGAGGAGGAAGCCGCACGACAGAAGCUCCAGCUGGACAAAGUGACGGCCGAGGCAAAGAUCAAGAAAUUAGAAGAAGACAUCGUCUUGCUCGAGGACCAAAACACCAAGUUUCACAAGGAGAAAAAGCUGCUGGAGGACCGGAUCAACGAAGCGACCACCAUGCUGACAGAAGAGGAGGAGAAAGCAAAGAACCUUGGCAAGCUCAAGAACAAGCAGGAGAUGAUGAUGGUGGAUCUGGAGGAGCGUCUGAAGAAGGAAGAGAAAACUCGCCAGGAGCUGGAGAAAGCCAAGCGCAAGCUGGACGCUGAGACGACAGAUCUGCAGGACCAGAUUGCCGAGCUCCAAACACAGAUUGAGGAAUUGAAAAUCCAAUUGGCCAAGAAAGAGGAGGAGUUCCAGGCGUCAUUGGCAAGGAGUGACGAGGAGACUGCCCAGAAGAACAAUGCCCUCAAGCAGAUCCGGGAGCUGCAGGCCCAACUGGCUGAACUCCAGGAGGAUUUGGACUCUGAGAAGAUGUGCCGAAGUAAAGCUGAAAAACUGAAGAGGGACCUCAGUGAGGAGCUCGAGGCUCUAAAGACGGAGCUGGAGGACACGCUAGACACCACCGCCGCCCAGCAGGAACUCAGGACCAAGCGAGAGCAAGAAGUGGCUGAGCUGAAGAAAGCCAUUGAUGAGGAGAGCAAAAACCAUGAAGCCCAGAUCCAAGAAAUGAGGCAGCGGCACGCCAUUGCACUGGAGGAACUGUCUGAACAACUGGAUCAGGCUAAAAGAUUUAAGUCCAAUUUGGAAAAGAACAAGCAGUGUCUGGAAAACGACAACAAAGAGUUGGUCUGCGAGGUGAAGAUUCUGCAGCAGACCAAGACGGAGUCCGAACACAAGAGGAAAAAACUGGAGUCCUUGAUGCAGGAGUUCACGGCCAGAACCGCUGAGAUGGAGCGUUCCAAGGGGGAGAUGGCUGACCGUUCCCACAAACUCCAGAUAGAGCUGGAUAACGUCUCAGCCUUGCUGGAGGAGGCGGAGAAGAAGGGCAUCAAACUGACAAAGGACGCUGACAACCUGGGAAGCCAGCUGCAGGACGCACAUGAGCUACUUCAGGAGGAGACUCGCCAGAAGCUCAACCUGGGGAGCAGAGUGCGCCAGCUGGAGGAGGAGAAGAACACCUUGCUGGAGCAGCAGGAGGAGGAGGAGGAGGCUCGACGCAACUUGGAGAAACAGCUGCAGAUGACACAGGCUCAGCUGAGCGACACCAAGAAGAAGCUGGAGGAGGAUGUGGGAGCCAUGGAGGGUCUGGAAGAAGUGAAGCGAAAACUCCAGAAAGACGUGGAGCUCACGAGCCAGCGUCUGGAAGAGAAGGCCAUGGCCAUGGACAAGAUGGAGAAGACCAAAAACCGACUGCAGCAGGAGCUGGAUGACCUGAUGGUGGACCUGGACCACCAGAGGCAGAUAGUCUCCAACCUGGAGAAGAAACAGAAGAAGUUUGACCAGAUGCUGGCCGAGGAGAAGACCGUGUCGGCUCGGUACGCCGAGGAGCGCGACCGUGCGGAGGCCGAGGCCCGGGAGAAGGAGACCAAGGCCUUGUCCAUGGCCAGAGCUCUGGAGGAGGCUCUGGAGGCCAAGGAGGAGCUGGAGAGGUUCAACAAGCAGCUCCGUGCAGAGAUGGAGGACCUGAUGAGCUCAAAGGAUGACGUGGGAAAGAAUGUGCACGAGCUGGAGAAGUCCAAGCGUGCGCUGGAGCAACAAGUGGAGGAGAUGCGAACUCAGCUGGAGGAGCUGGAGGACGAGCUGCAGGCCACCGAGGACGCCAAAUUGCGCUUAGAGGUCAACAUGCAGGCCAUGAAAGCCCAGUUCGACAGAGACUUGCAGUCGAGGGACGAGCUGGGCGACGAGAAGAAGCGGGCGCUGGUCAAACAGGUCCGUGAAAUGGAGGCCGAGUUGGAGGACGAGAGGAAGCAGAGGACGCUAGCCGUGGCCUCCAAGAAGAAGCUGGAGAUGGAUCUGAACGAGCUGGAAGGGCAAAUAGAUGCGGCCAACAAAGGCAGGGAUGAGGCCUUGAAGCAACUCAAGAAACUACAGACUCAAAUGAAGGACUAUCAGCGGGAGCUGGAGGAGGCGCGGUCCUCCAGGGACGAGAUCUUCGCACAGUCCAAAGAAAACGAGAAGAAACUCAAGAGUCUCGAAGCUGAAAUCUUGCAACUACAAGAGGACCACGCGGCGUCCGAGAGAGCCCGCCGGCACGCCGAACAGGAGCGAGACGAACUGGCAGACGAAAUCUCCAACAGCACUUCCGGGAAGUCUUUGCUGGUUGAGGAGAAAAGGAGGCUUGAGGCCCAAAUCGCCCAACUAGAGGAGGAGCUGGAGGAGGAGCAGGGCAACACGGAGCUGCUUAACGACCGCUUCAGGAAGAGCACAGUGCAGGUGGAGAGUCUCAACGCGGAGCUGGCGGCCGAGCGCGGCGCCUUCCAAAAGAGCGACAACGCUCGGCAACAGAUGGAGCGUCAGAACAAGGAGCUGAAGGCCAAGCUGGCGGAACUGGAAGGCUCGGUCAAGUCCAAGUUCAAAGCGUCCAUCACGGCGCUGGAGGCUAAAAUCCUGCAGCUGGAGGAGCAGCUGGAGCAGGAAGCAAAAGAGAGAGCGGCGGCCAAUAAGAUCGUCCGACGCACAGAGAAGAAGCUGAAGGAGGUGAUGAUGCAGGUGGAGGAUGAGCGGCGUCACGCCGACCAGUACAAGGAACAGGUCGACAAGGGCAACUCGCGUAUGAAGCAACUGAAGCGUCAACUGGAGGAGGCCGAGGAGGAGGCCACCAAGGCCAACGCGUCGCGCAGGAAGCUGCAGAGGGAGCUGGACGACGCCAGCGAAGCCAGCGAGGGCCUCAGCCGCGAGAUCAGCAGCCUCAAGAGCAGACUCAGGCGAGGCGGCCCCGUCAGCUUCUCGUCCUCCGGCCGCUCGGGCCACCACAACCUGAACGUGGACGGCGCCUCCGCGGACCGCUCCGACGACGACGCCGACAGCCGCGCCGGCGACUUCAACGACGUGGCCAACGCGGAGUGAACGGGCGAGAGCGCGCUCGCCCCGACCCGGACUCGACGCGACCGCCGUUACCACACUAGCGAGCGGUACCUUGACUUGCACGUUAUCAGCAGCGCAAGGUAAUAAAAGAUCAUUCAGACAUUUUUUUUUUUUUUUUUUUUCACCUUGAGUUGUGAGCAAUUAUUCAUGGGGGGGGGGGCCGAGUCCUGUCGCGAAGUGCAAAAAUCCACACGUCAUUUACUCCCCCCAUUUGUAAUUGCGUAAAGAUGCCACAAGAUGGCAGCCAAGCACUUCAAACAGGGCGAAUCGUAAAGGCUGAACACCGUCGUGAAGUCACGUGACAUACGUGGCUGCAAUCGGGCGUUAAAUUGUCAUGCCGUUAUCCAAGCCGCGUAUCCUCACAAGGGUUGCGGGAAAGCCGGAGCAUUUCCCAGCUGGCUUCGGGCUAAAGGCGGACUACACCCUGAACCGGUCGCCAGUCAGUCAGUCGCAGGGCAGACGUCGACGCCGUCGCUGAGCGGGAAUCGAUCCCACGCCGCCCGCACCAAAAGCAGGCGCGUGUAGCACUACGCCGUCAGUGUUAAAUUGUUCAAAACACGCUAGCACAAAGUGACGCGACGUCACGCAAACAAAAAUGCGCACAAGCAAGGCAGGAAACUCAUCUUUGGGCAUUUACACGCCAAAAUAAAAGACAGUCGUAACGUAAACGUAGUUAUCCAUAAUUUUCCAAUGACGUCACCACAGUCCCAGCAUUCCUUUGUCCGCCAUCUUGUGCGUCACCAAUUGGAGACGUAAACCCGACGACAAGAACGGAAGUCCACGACGUGGCGACGAAGUCGUAGCAACAGAUGAGUGGAGGGGGAGGAAAAAAAAUGGCAGUGUGGAGAUGCUGAAAUAUGAAUAUGAAGGAGUUGAGCGGACAGUACUCCAAACGUGUGAAAAAUAUUUUUGGGAAAUCAGGAAAAAAGAAACAAUAUUAAACAAGACUCCACGAUACCGUGCAAGUAGUUUUGUGCUUGUAGUUUCCAUUUUUCUGUGCAAGUAUUUUGCCAAAUUUCUUGACAUUCUAUGAUAUUACUAUAUAGCUUUUUUUUUAUUAAGAAAACAGAUGGGAGGGGGGGGGUUCAUUUAAUUUAAUUUUACGUUCACUCUAAUUUCUUCCAAAAACAGGCCACAUUAAUUGGGCACUCUAAAUUGCCCAUAGGUGUGAUUGUGAGUGCGGCUGUUUGUCUCUGUGUGCCCUGCGAUUGGCCGGCGACCAGUUCAGGGUGUAGCCAGCCUCCUGCCCCGAUGACAGCUGGGAUGGGCUCCGGCGCUCCCCGCGACCCUCGUGAGGAUAAGCGGCAAAGAAAAUGUAAUGUGACUUUGAGUAAAAAGAAAAGAAGUGUUCCCAAACUUUUGUCAUUGGCAUCGUUCAAAUUGUACGUGUCAAAAGUACUAGUGGCAUCCGUACUCUGUAACGGUGAGUACUUGAGUGAAUACUUGUACUAGUAUCAUUCUGGGUGGGUGGGGGGGGGGGGGGGUGUUUGAACAUCUCAACCUGAUGAUCCUACUUUCGCUCCAUGUACUAGUAGUUUGUCCUCACUAGUAAGACUAGGGUGUCUCAAUAGUACUGUUAUUUUCCACACUAGUAGGACAACGUUGGUGUACUAGUAGGACAACCACUUAACUAGUGAGAAAUAAGGCACGAGUUGUUGACUGCAUGCCACUUGUGAUGUUAAAUUUACCUUUGCACAAUUUAAGGUUCAUGUACUAGUACUUUCUGUCCCAUCUCGACGUACUACCAGAAAGACAAGCGCACCGGUUCGUCUUACUAGUAGCCGUUCAGCUACUGUUUGACAUUCCUCCACACUAAUUGGACAAGUGCUGUACGCGUUAUUAAUAAGGCAAAACUAUUGAUCUCUUCGCAUUACUAGUGUUGCCUCACCGGUGUAAUGUACAAGUUGGCCUACCAGUAUGUCAAAGGUUCUAGCGCGUACUAGUGUACAGACAGGAUCUGGACCGAACCGACGUCGCAUCUCAAGCCCUUUGUGUACAAUAAAACAAAAAGCUUCAAGGUUGAGUUUCUUUAAAAGUGCCUUAGACACUAAAUAAAAGAACAUUGAACGGUCCCAAAGCUGAGCGGACGCCAGCGACCCCGACGCCCGUUUUGUCGCUUCAUAUCCGAGCGCUCCGCUUCGUUGUCGGCAGUUUUAUCAUCGCGACCGCUCGUUUACUGUACAGGAUGUUUUUCAUUUGGUU